AUGACGGCAGUCAAGGGGAAAGCAUCCUACAAGAAGAAGGAUGGAACCAUCGCGGUCUCUGAAGAUCGAACUAUCGUUAGCUGGACGCCUGCUGUGGCAGGAACACCAGCCCUUUCUAUCCCUAUUGAUACAAUCACAAACCUACAACAAACCCCAGACUCUGCAGCAAAGGUCGCACUCAAGAUCAUUGUCAAGGCGGCUACAGAAGGCGGCGACCCGGUUGCGUAUCUCUUCACAUUUACAGCCCCUGAUGAAGCCAGGGCCGAGGCCAACGCCAUCAAGGAUGUCCUCUCUACUAUUCUAGCGGCCCGCAGCAGCGACACCGGCGUAGUGGUCAAGUCCUCAACACCACAACCUGCCACCAAUGGCAAUGCUGCCAACGGGUCAGCGGCCAUGUCGUUCGCGAGUACCGUGGCCAGCACCGCAAGCAAGGGAGCACCCAGGUGGUUUGACGACAACCAGCUGAGAUUGGACAUAGCCCUACAGCAGUCCUUGAUGAAGAAGGAUCGCACCCUUCACCAGACCUAUAUGGAAGCGAGAGCUACGAAGCCCGAGUCCAUCUCUGACGCAGCAUUCAACUCUCAGUUCUGGUCGACCAGGACAAGUCUGUUGCGUGCACAUGCCAUAGAGAGCAGCCAGAAAAGAGCCACGUAUAACGUUCUGCCAACAGUGAAGCCGUACACGGAUUAUGAAGGGAAGCUAAAGCUGAACGUGACGCCCCAGGAUAUCCAGAUGAUUUUUAAACAGUAUCCCUUGGUACAUCGUAUUCACAAGGAGAAAGUACCCAAGGACAUGGACGAAGGCGCGUUUUGGAAAGGCUUUUUCGAAAGCAACCUAGCCCGGUGGCUCAAGGGCGAGGCGAUCAACCCGGCACAGCGUAACCCAGUCUUUGACUCACAUAUUCGAGGCGAUAAGCAAGAAGCCCUCUAUUUUGAGAAGAGAAUGGUUGAUCCUCACCUGCCACACAUCAUAGACGUUCAGGGAAAUGAUGAGAACCAGGGCGGUGCCAAGGGUGGGAACAUGCCAGAUGCGCUCAUGAGGCCCGACGCCGAGAGGGGCGCCGGAGCCAGAUGGCUAAACGCCAUGAGCGAGAGUCUCAUGUCGCACGCGAACCCCGUCGACGUCAGCAGCACAGCUGCAACAGAUGGCAACGAAAAUACGUAUCGUGAACUCACACUACGCGAUCUACACGACGAUGCACCACCGGACCGCAUCGUGCUUAACGUAAGGGAGCAGGCCCGCUUCUUCGACCAAGAAGCCGGUCUUUUGGACGAUGCGCGGGCUUAUGAGAAACAAGCACCCCAGGUUGUGCUGGCAGACUAUUUCAAAGACCUGUCGUCACUGGGGGACGCCAAGGCAGGGGACGGUAUUGAUCUUCACAAGGCCAUCGGGGUCUACGACGAGAGCGGGAGUGAUGACGACGAGGAAGAGUCUCGGCAGAGACCACCACACGUUGGCUCGCGCGCCGCCCGCAGCACGGCCCAGGCUCACAUCUGGGACGGACUGGGCAAGAGGCUGGCGGAGACACAGGCGCAGAGCGAGGACGAGGCGACACCGCUUGGGCUAAGCGUGGAGCUGGCGCAAAAGGCAUUUAUAACCAACGCUACUACGACCGAGUUCCUCAAGCAGUUCUGGAACGCGUUCCUCUCGGGGGACCCGGACCGGGCGCAAGAGCUGGCGCAUCAUGUGGAGGCGCUGCGGAAGUCGGUGGAGCGGAUUGAGGCGGUGGCAGCCGAGGCUGAGAAGGCGCGCGAGCAGCUCAACGCACAGAGGCGGAAGCAGAUUGUGGACGAAUACAACAGGACGGGUAGAAAGCUCAAGUUCGACCCAAACAGCACCAAGGGCGGCAAGAAGGCGGUUCUGGCGCUCCUGGGGCCGACGCUGACCGCUUUGAGUGCUGCACAGGGCCGAUACGAAGAAGCUUUGGUUGCGGAGGGCAUCAAGCCUUCGACAGAAGAAUGA